CUCACUCUGUGCAAUUGGUGAAGUCAUUUCCUUGAAGGUGGCACUCCCUGAACUUGGACCCUGAACUCUGUCAUAAAGGGGAAGAUAUUCUCUUUCUCACUUACACACACAGCUGUGUGCACCACAGAAUACACACUUCCACACCAAACCUACUGAGCAAGAUUUUUUUCACAUAAACUGUCAUAAUGGCAAAUAAAGGUCCAUCUUAUGGUCUGAGCCGUGAGGUGCAGAGUAAGAUUGACAAGAAGUACGAUCCUGAGCUCGAGGAGCGGCUGGUGGAGUGGAUCAUUGCUCAGUGUGGGGAUUCUGUAGGAAGACCUCAACCUGGAAAACAAGGCUUCCAGCAGUGGCUUAAGGAUGGAUGUAUUUUAUGUGAGCUGAUUAACAGUCUCUAUAAGGAUUCAAAGCCAGUGAAAAAGAUUGCAAGUUCUGGAAUGGCUUUUAAACAGAUGGAGCAGAUCUCACAGUUUCUUGGGGCAGCCGAACGCUACGGAGUCACCAAGUCCGACAUGUUCCAAACAGUGGACCUCUGGGAGGGUAAGGACCUUGCAGCUGUGCAAAUGACCCUGAUGUGUUUAGGGAGUCUGGCUGUUACUAAGAGUGAUGGUUGUUACCGUGGUGACCCCAGUUGGUUCCACAAGAAAUCGCAAGAGAAUAAGAGGGAGUUCUCUGAUGAACAGCUGAAAGAGGGUCAAAGUGUAAUUGGCCUUCAAAUGGGCACAAACAAAGGGGCAUCGCAGGCAGGCAUGACUGGUUACGGUCGACCUCGGCAGAUCUUAAACAACCAAUAAAGGCCUGAUGACCUGUGAUCUGUCUUUAUUGGCCCAUCACCAUGCUGGACCAGGCACAUAGUCUGACUUAAACCUUCAGUAAAGCCCAGCUAGACAAUAACAGUGAACAGAACACACAGCUAUGAUCAAAGUUUAUAGUAAUUAAAAAAUAAUUUAUGCAUCGCAUGAAAAAUGCAGUGUGAUUUCUACCUGAAAAAUUGCUCCAGGAACAAUCCUUCUCAAUAUAUGAGCUGGCAUUGUAUUCUUCUACAUUCCAUUAGAAUUUAAUCUACUAUAAGGACACAUCUAUGUAUUCCAUUAUUCUAUUACAUACAUUCCAAAGGAACGCAUUCUGCUGCACUCCUUGGGAACAAAAUGCCUGUAAGGUAAAAAUGUAGCCCUGCACAGUCAGGUAUUUGUCUUGUCUUAUGUUUCUGUGGAUUUAAUUUGUAUGCUUUUGUUCUGUUCUCAUACCCUGAUUUAAAAUCUACAUGGCUCUAGGGCCUUACUGCAAGAGCUCAAUAUGUUUAUACAUUGUACAUGAGUAAUUAAUAAUUGAUUUUGCUAAUAAAAUUCAGUUUAAAUUAGAAA